GACACUACGAGAUGGAAGGACUGCAGGAUCCAUUAAGCCGUUUAUCCCGAUACCUUCUCCGUCCUUUCUCCCUCAGAAAGAAGAGAAAGCAUAAGAAAGUUAAUUCUGAAUUGGUUCUUGAGCCCCUUGAGCUAAGUGCCUGAUAGCUUAUCCAUGCUUUACUUAUAUAUCCUUCAACAUUGCUAUUCAAGUGAGGAGUAUUACAAUUUUAAAUCUAGGUAUAUGAACUCUAGAAUAGCGCCAAGCAGUCAGUAUAGGUACUUUUCCCUUAGAAGCUAAGGUUCAAGCUCUUGUAAUGAAAUAAAACAUGUCUGACUUAAACCUGUUUAUGUAAUGAAACAGGUACUAUUCAGCUAUAACUCUUAAAUAUUUCUGUUCAUGGAAGAAAGAAACAAAACUGGAAACUUUUGUCUGUUUCCCCAUGUUCAGUGGUAAAGGGAGAAAAACCAAGAUUUGGUGCCCCUCUCUUGUUCCACGUGGAAACAUUUUUGUGAUAGUCAACCAUUAUUUGCAGGCUCUGCAAUAUGGAAUCAAAGAACCAAUCAUUUCAGUGUGGAAUCAUGUGAAUAUUGGAUAGCUGUGGCGUUCGGCAUACGUAAAUUGAAUUUUGGAUAUAUGACUUAAUCCUCAAAAUAGAUCAAAUUAUGCCUAAGAUUGUUUUAUUUUCUUAGUAUAGGCUCAUCUUCGGCCUAGUCGGCUUGUCUACCUGAACUCAAGCGGGGCCAAUUAAGUCCAAGUUGGGCUAAAUCUACUAGGUCAAGUGGAUUAUUUAACCGCACAUACUUUCGUAAUAUGGUAGGUAAAUGUUUUUCGAGACUUGAGCCGGGCUUUCUUUAUGAUAGCAAGUUUUGGUUUUGGUUACCUAAUCUUCUCUUUUGCUAGAAAUUGGAAAAUGAAUGAUUGACCAUUGGAAGUGUGUGCUUAAAGUUGAGGAUAAAGUUUUACAUAGAAAUCCAAUUUUGAUAACAAUUAAAGCAAUAUAAUUUUUUUUAAACAUGCCCUUCAUUCUUUCAAACUCUUAACGUCAAAAACUGCAUUAUGAAGUCCAUUCGAAUCCUCUGAAAAAUCUACAAUAACAUCCAAAUAACGAGUCAAUGCCGGGCGGCUCCAUUGUAAACAAACAAAUCCAUAAAAAAGUUCUGUCAAAACUAUUGCUUGAAAGUGCUCUUUAUCUUGUCCUCAACUAAAACGUGGUUUCCAAUCGAUAUCAGCCAUUCAAUUUUCAUGGUUUGAAUUUUUUAAGCCAAGUUAAACCUUGUAAUAGCCCCCCCCCCCUUUCUUUUCCUUAAAUUCUACGCCAUGGUGAAAUGCAUUAAAUCUUUCUUGAACUUGUAGAUGAUUUGUUCAACUUUGAACCAAAGAUGGCCCCCAGAUCUCCACCUAAAAGAGUUUCCAUUUCUCACUCAUUCACAUCUUUCUUCCUUGGUUUCUUAAUUCCUUGCAUUAAUGCUGCACCCUUGGGUCCAGAAUCCGAUAGAGUAAUCAAGCUGCCGAACCAGCCGGCGACGCCAUCGAUAUCACAGUUUUCGGGGUAUGUCACAGUGAAUGAAGAACAUGGAAGGGCACUUUUCUACUGGUUCUUUGAAGCACAGUCUGAGGCAUCUAAAAAACCUCUCCUGCUUUGGCUUAAUGGAGGACCUGGUUGUUCAUCAAUAGCCUAUGGUGCAGCUUCGGAGUUGGGUCCACUAAGAGUUGGUGAAAAUGGUGUUGAUCUUCAUUUCAACGAAUUUGCUUGGAAUCAAGAGGCGAAUUUGCUGUUUGUAGAAUCUCCGGUUGGAGUGGGCUUCUCUUACACCAAUACAACCUCCGAUCUCACUAAAUUGGACGAUGCCUUUGUUGCUGAGGAUGUAUACAUGUUUUUGGUGGAGUGGCUUCAAAGAUUUCCACACUUCAAAACUCGUGAUUUCUUCAUCUCUGGGGAGAGUUAUGCAGGCCAUUAUGUGCCCCAGCUAGCAGAGCUUGUGUAUGAUAGAAACAAUGACACAACUCGAUACCCAUUCAUCAACCUCAAAGGCUUUAUGGUGGGAAAUCCAGUCACUGAUGAUAACUAUGACUACACUGGCAUUAUGGACUAUGCUUGGAGCCACUCUGUAAUAUCAGAUGAGUUCUACCAUAACAUCAAACAAGUAUGUGAUUUCAAGGAACUGUAUUGGUCCACUGAAUGCAAUGCUCUUGUUAACCAAGUCUUCGACAUAUACUCAGAGAUUGAUAUUUAUAAUAUUUAUGACCCCAAAUGUCUCAUUAACACCACAUCAUCAGCAACUGCUAAUAAGAUAAAAAUUGAUGGGUUAAAGAGAGUGACGAUACUUGCAGGAGGGUAUGAUCCAUGCUAUUCUCCAUAUUCAGAAAUGUAUUUCAACAGGCCAGAUGUUCAAACAUCUAUUCAUGCUGACAGUAGAGGAGAAAAAUGGGUGAGCUGCAAAGAUUCUAUCUUGAAUUCAUAUAAUUUUUCUGUUUUUUCUGUACUGCCUGUCUACGAGAAGCUCAUCAAAGAAAAACUGAAGAUAUGGAUGUAUAGUGGGGACAUGGAUGGAAGAGUACCUAUCAUAGGUUCCAGAUACUGUGUUGAAGCACUUGGGCUCCCAGUCAAAUCACCCUGGCGUUCUUGGUUCCACAACAAGCAGGUUGGAGGGAGGAUAGUGGAAUACGAAGGGCUGACAUUAGUGACGGUGAGAGGGGCAGGUCACUUGGUGCCUCUAAACAAACCCAGUGAGGCUCUUGCCCUCAUCCAUUCCUUCUUGUCGGAUGAACCACUACCCAAUCACAGAUAGAUGAUAUAUGCAUUAAGGCUGGCAUUCCUUGUUUGCUUCACAACACAACCUUUUAAUUCAAAUCAUUAAGAUUCAACCUCUACACAAUUUAAAUUAAAAAAAUGGUUUAGACAAAAAAGAAGAAGAAAAAGAAAGGGUAAGCUACAAAGUACAAACCAUUGAUGAGAUUGUAACAUAUACUUGUGUUAUGAGUUGGUAUGUAUGUAUUAUUGGCAAUUCCCAUGGUUGGUUUGUGUUUCAAUCAGGAUCCUAAUUGUCUGUUUCAGAAUAAAGCUUUUAUUCUAUUUAUUUAAAGGGCAAAUCCCUCUGUCUUGAAUUGUUGUUUAA